ACUGCGGGGGGCGCCGGAAACAAUCAUACUCGGGGUGGGACAGCAGCAAACAUGCCCAGUACAGUGCAAAACGCCCCAGACUUCAUCAGACCAACUACAGUUCUGCUUUGCAAGUCUUUCUUCUCUGUUUGAUAGCAAUGAACAAACGCGACAUGUUUGACCAUGUUUAUGAUAACACCAUAUGGAUGAAAAAGAACACAUGUGGAGAUAAGAGUUCUGGCAAACAGAAGAGACAUUGUACCUACAUAAGCAUUAUCUCUGUUGUUUUCUCACUAUCUCUACUGGCUAACGUUAUCCUGGGAUGCCUGUAUUUUAUUGAAAACACAAAUAUGUUUUUACAAUGUGAGCCGGUAAGAAACUGCUCAAAUUCAGGUCAUCAACGGCGUAACACAAGCUGCAAGUAUGAAGAGAACUGGAAGUCAUUAAACAACUGCCCAAAUUUGCCAGAGCAGUGGUUGAAAGGCAAAGGCCGUUUUUAUGUUUUCUCCAGCAAAAACAACACCUGGAGCUCCAGCAGGCAGCACUGUCAGAGUCUUGGUGGAGAUCUGGUCAUUAUUAACAACCCAGAAGAAAAGGAAUUUCUUGCCGAGAAAUUAUGUAUAACUGGAAAAUCAAAUCUCUACUGGACUGGCACCAGUGAGAGGAACUGGGAAGGUCAGGAGCAAGUCAACUGUUCUGCACUUAAAGGAAAUACACAAGGAAAAGUGUCUUGCCAGAGAAAUGAGAGAAGCAUCUGUGAGAUUCCUUGCCUCUAACAAACAAAUGACUGAUUACUUUUAUGGUUGUUGAGUUUUUUUUAACUCUUUCCCCGCCAUUGCCGAGUUAUUUCAUCAAUUAAGAGAAAAGGUUUCCCUGCCAAUGACGUUGCCCUGGCGAGUUUUUACAACAAUCUAAAUUUCCGCUAUUAUCCACUAGGUGGCACUCUUACGUAACUUAUCAAACAAGCACCCACCGAUUCAAAAACACUAAAAAGUCUGAUCGCUAACAAAAGUCCUUUACCAAAAUGCAAUUAUCUCAGCUUUUGGCUCAAAAUUUUGUAUUUUUUAAAGAAACCUGCUCAUUUUUGAGAG